AUGUGGCAUGCGGAUGACGUAGCUGUUGCAUCCAUCAACGAGAGGCCUUUCCCGGAUAUGCUGCAGGCCGUGCGGCAUCUGAAGGAAUACCUGGGAGCUGAGGCACCGAGCUGUCACGAGAAGAUACUCUUCAUUUAUCUACGCGGCACUCUUGUUGGGCUUUUCUCUGGCAGCAGGGUCGAUCAUCACGAGACGUCGGCAUCGAUUCUCGACCAAUUCUCUGAUCAAUUGCAACAGAAUCAAGACGCUUUGCUCAGUAGCACAAGUGGACGCAUGGCUACACUAGAUCUUUGCAACAAGCAGAGCUCCACGGGAGACAUCUUUGGUGUUGUGGCUCACAUCAAUGCUGACUUUGCAGCGGUCCAACAGGUCAUGAGAGGUUGGCAUGAUGCAAAAUGCGCCACGGAUCAAAGCACCCCCAGUGGCUGGUACACCAAGUCCCUCAACGAGACCCUCAUCUGGGCAUACCCGACGGCUGUUGUCCAUGGAACUCCCUUGAACGACACCCGGAGUCUGAGAGGAAGUACCUCUUCCCUUAUUCGACGAGCCGAUUGUCGAUCAAUCACUGUCGAGGCUGGCGAUGACUGCCCAAAGCUCGCCAAGAGAUGUGGUCUGGCCGCAUUCGCCUUUGAAUCCUUCAACAAAGCGACCAAGGACCUCUGCUCAACACUCAAAAAAGGACAACCGGUGUGCUGCUCCUCGGGAAGUCUCCCGGACAUCAAACCAAAACCUGGCGCAGACGGUGUGUGCGCGUACUACGACGUCGAGUCCGGGUUCGGAUGUUACGAAAUUGCAGCCAAGCACGGCAUUACCGUCGAUGAUCUUUCCUUGUUCAACAAGAAGACUUGGGGGUGGGCUGGCUGCAAUGCGAUCCAAAACUCUCAGCGCGUCUGCGUAAGCAAGGGCAACCCACCGAUGCCGCACCAAGAUCCCAACGCCGUAUGUGGCCCGACAGUAAAAGGCUCGAAACCGCCCAGUGGCGACGAGGAACUUGCCGAUCUCAAUCCUUGCCCGCUCUCCGUCUGUUGCAAUGUUUGGGGCAAUUGUGGCACCGACAAGGACUUUUGUGUCGUCAACAGGGCAAGCACAGGGAAUCCUGGUACGAGCAAGCCGGGCGCUAACAGCUGUGUGGCUAACUGCGGAAUGGACAUCAUCAACAACUCUACUGCUCCCGCGCAGUAUCGCAAGAUUGGCUACUUUGAAGGCUGGAACCAGGAACGCAAGUGUCUCCACAUGCACGUCAACGAUAUCGACAGUUCAUACACCCACGUGCAUUUUGCCUUCGCAGAAAUCUCGCCCAGCCUGCAGGUCAGCAUCCCUGCAAACACAAAAACCCAGUGGGAUGCAUUCAUCAACCAGGAGACUGGUAGCAAUGGCUACAAGAAGAUCCUAGCGUUCGGCGGCUGGGCAUUUUCGAACGAUCCAGCAACUUCCCACAUGUUUCGCCUGGCUUUUUCGCCUAGCAAUCGAGAGACAUUUGCUACGAACGUGGUCAACUUCCUCGUAUCUGCCGGUAUCGACGGUCUUGAUUUCGACUGGGAGUAUCCUGGCGCUGAUGACAUCGAGGGGUCACAGCCUGGAGAGAAGGACGAUGGCGACAAUUAUUAUGAGUUCUUGAAGCUCGUCCGGGGUAAAUUACCCAAGGGCAAGUCUCUGUCUAUUGCUACAGCCUCGUCUUACUGGUACCUUCGCGGGUUUCCCAUCAAGAAGAUGGCCACAGUACUCGACUAUAUUGUCUACAUGACCUAUGAUCUGCAUGGCCAGUGGGAUGCUGGAAACAAAUGGGGAAGCUCCGGCUGCCCCGGCGGCAAUUGCCUUCGGUCACAUAUCAAUGCCACGGAGACGCAUAGCUCGUUAGUUAUGAUUACUAAAGCGGGCGUUCCUUCCCACAAGGUCGUGGUCGGGAUCACCAGUUACGGCAGAUCGUUCAAGAUGGCGUCUGCUGGUUGUCGUGGGCCCGAUUGCACCUUCCUUGGAGAUAAUGGGAACUCGCUGGCCAAAAAGGGGCGAUGCACAGACACGGCUGGAUACAUAUCCGAUUUCGAGAUUGGUGAAAUUGUCGAUAAGGGCGGUCUCAUCAAGACCUGGUAUGAUGAUAAGACUGACUCGGAUUAUCUGGUCUACGAAGCGACAGAAUGGGUCGCGUACAUGGGCAACGCGACAAAGCAGCGCCGUAUGGCACAAUACAAGCGUAUGAACUUUGGCGGCACUUCAGACUGGGCUAUCGACUUGCAG